AUGGAAAAAGAUUCAGUUGAAGAUUUACGCUUGCCGCAAACUGUAAUUGGUCGGUUAGUGAAAGAAGCAUUACCAUCCGGAGUGGUUGUUUCUAAAGAAGCUCGGACAGCAAUAGCACGUGCUGCAGCAGUUUUUAUUUUGCAUGCAGCAACGUAUGCUCAAGAAAGUGCGAUAUCUAAUAAACGAAAAACUGUUACUGCAGUGGAUAUUCUCAAUGCUAUAAAAGUUUUGGAAUGCAGUGAGUUGGAAAAACCGGUAAAAGAAGCGCUUGAACUUUGGAAAACAAAUAAACAGCAAAAAAGCGAAGCAAGAAAGCGAAAAGCUGAACGUACACAAAAUACAGAUUCUGCUCAACUAGAAACUUCGAAAGCUGAUGUGCAAAUGGACGGAGUUUCUUCGCACAUUUCUGAUUUAUCAGAUGAUAACGUUGCUAUGAAUGUAAAGGAAGUAAAUACAUCUGACCUGAAAAAAAAAUGA